CCAAUGAUACAAACUUGAAUAUACAACUAAGCUCUAAUUCAAUAUACGAGAACGCAUCUUCUGGUUCUGUGAUUGGUUACUUCUCUCUUGUACCUGCACUCGGGCAGAAAGACUCGGUGACAUAUCACAUUCUGAAAGACAAUGACGGGUUUUGCCUCCUUUUGAGAUCAAUGGAAAUAUUUUAAGUGUGAAAAAGGACAAAAGUCUGGAUUACGAACGUCUUGCGUCAGACAAAACUAUUCCGAUACGUGUCAGUGGUCGUGUAAGAAAAUCUGCAGACAUUCUUGAAGUUUCUACAAAGAUUUUCUUGAUCAAAAUCUUAGAUGUCAACGAGGGUCCGACAUCAAUAUGUCUCAUGGCCCCUCGUCGUGGUCAAGAUUGUUCAGUUCUUGGUGAAGUUCUUAUUGAAGAUUUGGAUUAUCCUCAACUAAAAUGUGAUUCCAACAAGACACUUGAUCUGCAGCCGUAUUCCAAUAAAUUAUCUGAAUACACUUGUCAUAUUGAGAAGGGCGGAGAUACUUUAAGUAAAACUAUUAAAGUGGAUGAUCAUUUUUAUGUUAAAGAUAGGCCACCAAAAUUGUACGUAAAGAAAAGUAUAUUUCGUCGAGGACAUCGAUCCUACAAUGUUCCUAUUUUAUGUCGAAGUACCUUACAUCCACUUCAUAUCUUGUCAAAAACCUUGGACGUUGAUAUUCAAGUUCCUAAUGAUGACAAUUGUCGUGACAGAGAACUUUGUACCUCUUGUCCUCAGCCAAAAUUUUGUCUAUCAAACGUCAAAGCUGGUGGAAAAUGUGUUGACGAAAAAAAUCUUCUCAACAUGACAGUUAAAAUUUCGCCAUCUUUCUUUGAAAAACCUGGCUUUAAUACCUCGUUUGAAAGCUAUGUAAAAGAUUUGAUUGAGGGAACGAGUAAUGGAAAGAGUCUAAAAGAUUUAGUGAAAGAGUUUGAAGCUAAAAGUGUUGUUUCAAGAAAACGACGAAGUGUCAUACUCAGAAAUGUUUAUGUACAAUUGCUUUUGUACAUGAGUGAAGGAACAUCUACUAAAGUAGUACUUGCAGUUGCCGAUAAACUGAACUACAAUUUGAUCUUAGCCUCUGAUGCAUGCGCUCUGUUAAAAAACACUCAAGUUGAAUGUUUGUCUGAUUUAUCUGCUGAGAGACAAAAAAAAAAACUAGUAAAUUUCCUCAGUGGCCAAUUUACGUCAUUGUCUGUGGAGUUAUUGUUAUAGCCAUCGUUAUUCUUGUGAUCAUGUGGAAAAAACGAAAAGCUAAUAAGAGAGAAGACACCCCAUCCAUUUACUAUCAUCAAAACUCAGAAUCAGUAGCAAUGGGCUCUGGAAACGAAACACCAGCUUCUAGCAAUGGAUACAUGAGUACAUCUGAGGAAAAACGUCAAUUAGAUGUUGAGUCUGUUUUUAAUCCUGUUUACGAUCAAGGGAAUUGUCAUAUCAAAGGCAAUACUGAAAUGACUAAAGAAAUGUUAAUGCCACCUUAUCCAA